UUCAAUUUCGCCGUUGUGUUUAUCUUUCUUCAGCUGAUAUUCGAUUUUUUGCUUCACCAUAAAAAAUAUGUAAUUAAAUUUAAACUAGUUAAAUGCGUCUAUCGAGUAAUAAUCGUCAGUUUUCGUUAAUUUUAGUGCUCCUAACGUCGAAUCGAUUGAUGGAGUUGGCUACUGAAAUGGCGUUCCAUAGCUUGUGAAUCACCACCCACUCGUCGAAGGAUUCCAGAAUCAGGGUGUAAAAAUGUCCCAUAAUCUGGAUAAAUAUAAUCUGUUAGCUUUGAAAAAGCUAUGUUGCAGUUUGAAUGGCAACAGUAAAGACAAUUUGGAUCACAUAUUCCGUAAAUGUUUAACAACUCUAACCACCUACGAAGAUGCAGAGUUUCAAAAUUCUUUUUCACCCUUCGAAGAACAUCAGAUCUGCAGCGAAAUCGAACGUGUUCUCUCUGAUAUGUACCCGAGCUCGACGGAAAUCGUUGAAAGAUUCAGAGCCCUUAGUCGAUCGUUAAAGAAGGAUACGACUUCGAAACUAUCGUCGUGUUACCCUCAAAUUCUGCUAUUCCUUUUGAGACUGAACUCACCGUCACCGUUGAGUCUGAGUUUACUGCAGUUGAACGAAAACGAAAUCAAUGGCAAUGUGAGCACUCCGAGUACACCGGAUUUGAUCAACAGUACUAAUUUCAGUUCGCAUUGUGCUAGUAGUUAUUCGAAUCAUACUACUCAGAAUUCGUUCAGCGUUGUUAGCAACCAUACCGAAGAAUCAGUUUCGUUGGAUCGAAGAUUACCGAAUAGUGAAGUAUACGAAUCACCUAUUGUGAGGAAAGUUAAUUUGAAUCAUCUGUAUAGCGAUACACCGAUUCUCGAACCUAGUGCUACGUCUAGUCGUAAAGGAUCGGUUCCAAGAACCGAUGGUAAAAUGACGAAGAAACGAGUCGAUUCGUCGUCCGAUAUCGAAGGCAGUGGAGAUUCUAUGCGACCUGAUCAUCUGUCUCUUCAUUCGAGACUGGUUGAACCGAAGAAAUACGAUAUUAUGGGAGAUUUCGAAAUAUCAGAAUACGAAAUCAUCAGAGAAUUAUUAUUCUGUAUGCAAGGCAUCGAAGGCAAAGUAAUCAAGUACAUGUCCCUCGAAGAAGGUUUCCACCUCAAUCCUUGCGUGAAAGUAAAUCAACCCUACAUGGUAAUGCACAUAAUGGAGCUCGGAUACUUACACAAUAAAAUUCAGCAAUCCAUCAACACAUUGUUUACCGACGUCGGCACAGUAGCCCAAGGACUAGUGAACGCUGUCCGACGCGAAUUCACCGAGUAUUAUCACGCUUUAGCAGUAUUAGAUUCUCAAUUGAAUCCAUCACCGGAAAUCGCCGAUACUCCUUUGAGCGAAGAAGAAUGCACCAAAUUCAAAAUACCUACGUUGAGCCAACUCGUCGUCUGGUCGAGGCCCCAGUUUCUUAAAUUGAAAACCUUGUGCGAUGUUCUAAAAACAGUUCAAGAUAAACGAGGUGGACAGAUUGUAUCGGAUUUGGCCUUUUUUGCCUACGACGGGAAUACCGAAUCUAGGAAAAUCAUAGUCAGAUUAUUAUCUUCGGCCAUUCAGCCUUUCUACAAGCAGAUCUGCUACUGGGUCGUGAAUGGAGAAAUAAUCGAUAGUCACGAUGAAUUUUUCAUCAAAACUGAAACUAAUCUAGAUGUGGUUGAGAAGAACUCGUGGGAGAAGCAGUUUAUCCUGAAACCAUCGAUGAUACCGAAGUACAUGUCCAUGGAAGAAGCCCAUCAAAUCCUGGAGGCAGGCAGAUGCAUGAACUUUUUACACAACGUGUGUCGAGAACGGCCUCCCUCGACCAAUGCUCAGCUAGCAUUACUCGAGUUGGAGAAAAAUAAAUGGAACGAUCCUUUGACGUUGAUCGCACCAGGCAGUCAGAUAUCCGAGCUGAUAAACAAAGCGUGUCGAGAAAUUUCCAAAAUGGUUUUGAACUCGUUGAACGAGAAUUUCAAGAUGCAAAUCCAUCUGGAAGCUUUGAGAAAAUACAUGUUAUUGGGACAAGGCGAUUUUAUACACUAUUUGUUGAAAACUAUCGAGCCUGACUUGAACAAAUGUGUCGGAACGCUGCAAACGAUUAAUUUAAUAAGAUCCAUGGACGAUGCGAUUUACAAAAGUAAUGCUCAGUUCGACGAUCCUCAAGUGCUGAAUAAACUCUGUGUCAAGAUGAUGGUCACCUCGGAACGCGAUAGUGCCUCGGAAGCGUUUUGUUUGCAGUAUAGAUUGGAUGGCCCAUUGAUAACGAUCUUCAAGUCUAGUCUGGUGGACUAUAAUCGAAUGUUCACGUUCAUGUGGCGUGUCAAAAGAGCCAAUUACAUGGUUCUGAAAAUGUGGCGAGGAUUAAAAUUAUUAUUCAAAGAAGUGAAUUACGUCAUUCCAGAGGCCAGAGCUAUUUUCAGCAAAGCCAACUGCCUCGUCACCGAGAUGGUCAACUUCAUAGGCCAUUUUCAAUACUACAUCGCCUCCGAAGUAGUCGAAGUAUCGUGGCGAAAGUUUCAAAACGAAAUCACCUCUAUGGAGUCUCUGGAUAAAGUUCUCAAAGCGCAUAAUGAAUUUUUAGAAUCGAUGCAAUCGAGUUGCAUGUUGAAUGCACAACCCGGAUCCACCCAAGCAAAUAUGUUCUGGCAUAUCAGAACGUUACUCGACUACGUUCAAGAACUCGUCCCAGUCGUGGAGAUAUUCCAAACGUUGUGCGAAUCCGAAGUAGAAAGGAGACGAAAAAGACAACAAAAUAUGGCUGAAUUUGGUACCUCGCGUCAGGACGAAGCUGAAAAUAAUACGAUUAUAGCUCAAUUCCACGACGAAUUGAAUAAAGUGAAGACGAAAUUCAAACUACUCGCUAAGCAACAUCAGGAUAAAUUGAAAUCGCUCCUGAUGCUGUUUUCCGGCAAUCAACAAGAAAAUAGUCUAAUUUUACUCAGUCACCGGAUUGAUUUCAACGAAUAUUAUAAAAGAAACGAUUCCAGGCUUUCAGAUUCGCUUAAACUUUACAAAUAAGAUAAUCAAAAGCUUCGAUUAUUUAUUUAUUUUUUGUUCGUAGAUUUACGUAUGUAUUUGAACGCAUAUCUUCUAUUUUGCGUGUUUUUUUUUCUAAUUUAAUUUUGUUGAUGUGAUGGUUUUUUAUCAGAGUGUAGUGUUUUUUUUUUAGGGUGAUAAACUGAUUAGAUUGUCUUCCUUUUAUUAUGAUUAUGUUAUGUUUGCUAAUCCUUUAUCGUGCCAUUGCUAAAUUUUAUCAUAUUAUUUGAAACUUUCCAUUUUUUAGCAACCUGGCUUUUUGUUGUGUUCUUCCUUACCCCCCUCUCUCUUUUUAUUUUAAUAAUGUAAUUUAUCGAAAAUUGUGUAAUAAUAAUUGAGGAUGUUAACGAGUGAUGAAUUGUGUUUUUAUGUGAAAUAUUAAAUUUUUCAUUGAGAAA